UAGCAAGCGAUCUUGCGGUGUCAUAUAAAACUGAACUGUCCAAAAAAUAAAAAAGAUCGACAACCCCAUAUACAUAAAUAAGCGUACUCAUCGAUCGUCGUGUGUUGUUUUUUCAUAUGAUUACAUCAACAUCAUGAUUGAUAUGGUAACCUAAUUAAACCCUCCUCUCCUUCAUUUCACAACCCUCCCUUUCCUUACCAUCUUCAAUUUCUUCUUCUUCUUCUUUUGCAUGACAAUUUUGCCUCACUCAAACAACAAAUCAUCAAAUCAUAAGUUCAUAGCACACCAAAAUUAUAUGGCCUCGGAAACCCACCAUCAUGUGCAAGGCCUAACACCCGAGGAACUAACCAAACUCGAACCCAUCAUAAAAAAAUACCACUUAUUCGAACAAUCUCCCAACACAUGUUUUUCCAUAAUAACAUACAGGAUCGAAGCGCCGGCGAAAGCCGUGUGGCCCUUCGUCCGGAGCUUUGACAACCCUCAGAAGUACAAACACUUCAUCAAAGGGUGCAACAUGAGAGGGGACGGUGGCGUUGGAAGCAUAAGGGAAGUAACCGUGGUUUCGGGCCUCCCGGCGUCGACCAGCACCGAGAGGCUCGAGAUUUUGGACGAUGACAAACACGUCCUAAGCUUUAGGGUCGUUGGGGGCGAGCACCGACUCAAAAACUAUCGUUCAGUCACAUCCGUUAACGAGUUUAACAAAGAGGGUAAGGUUUAUACUAUUGUAUUGGAAUCUUAUAUCGUAGAUAUACCUGAAGGGAAUACGGAGGAAGAUACCAAGAUGUUUGUUGACACCGUAGUGAAACUCAAUCUUCAAAAACUUGGGGUCGUGGCCAUGGCUUCAUCAAUGCAUGGACAAUAACAACAACAAUGAAUGGAGAAGUUCUAUGGUACCAUCCGACAUUUAAGGAUUUUGGUAUUGUUCUUGAGAAACUUUUCUAUUUCUUUCCUUAACAUGUUCAAACUCAUUCAUUUACUGGCGCAAGAAAUAUAUACGUGUACCGAAAUUCUUAGAUUUCUUUUUGGUAUCAUAGCAAUUUAUUUCUCUAUUGAAUGAAUCUUUAGGAACUGGAGUAGGUUAAUUAAAAUGUGUAUGUUUUCAUGUUUGUACGAAUUCUAUGUACCAAAUUGGAGAAACAAACACGCACUUGGACUCUCUUCGUCCAUUGAUGAUUAGUAAUAUACUAAUAGUGCAUGGUGGUGCCUUGGAAUAUAAUUUCCAUUGUUUCUUAUUCCUUUCUUGAUAGUCUUCAUUAUAAGAAUAUAUAGUUUAUUUAUUUUUGUUAUUAGAGCGUUUGGCUAGACAGUUGGGUUUUGAUUUGUAUAUGUUGCACUAAUUAAUUAGUUAUAUAUAUAUGUAUGAUAUGUGGUGCCA